UUCAAAGCUCAUAAAGUCUAUUGAUCUACUUUGAAGUUGUGAGUGUGUAAUGAUCUUUCCUGUUUUCUUACAUUACACUUCACUCUUUGUCUCAUUAGGUCUUUCAGUUAGCAAGUCUUUUGGCGGGAAUAGGACCCCACCAAAUUAAAAACAAAACCAUCUUUCUCAUAAAUACAACAACCUCCAUUUCCUUCUUCUCUCACUCACUCCCUCACUGCAAAGUGCCAUAACCAGUUCCUUGAAACGGUGUCGUAUCAAUGAUGCUCUAUCUCUUUGCUUUCUUCCCUCUCUGUUUUCACUUUCUCUUCAGCUUCGCACUUUCUCUCUCCUCCGACGGCCUCGCACUUCUCUCUCUAAAAUCCGCCGUCGACCAACCCACCGCCGGCGGCGCAUUCGCCGACUGGAACGACGGCGAGCCUACGCCGUGCGCCUGGUCGGGAAUCUCCUGUGCGAACAUCUCCGGCCAGACUGAGCCGCGCGUCGUCGGAAUCGCCCUCGCCGGGAGGUCGCUACGAGGUUACCUUCCGUCGGAGCUCGGUACCCUCCGCUACCUCCGCCGUCUCAAUCUCCAUGACAAUGAGUUCUACGGUGUUGUUCCCGUGCAGCUCUUCAAUGCCACUGCACUUCACAGCAUCUUCCUCCACCGGAACAAUCUCUCUGGUCCUCUCUCCCCCUCCGUCUGCAAUGUCCCCCGCCUCCAAAACCUCGACCUCUCUGACAAUUCAUUUUCCGGCAGCAUCCCAGACGCCCUCAAGAACUGCAAGCCGCUCCAGCGGCUGAUUCUCGCCCGGAACAAAUUCUCCGGCGAGAUUCCCACCGGCGUGUGGCCGGACCUCGAGAACCUCGUUCAGCUCGACCUCUCCGGCAACGACCUCGAGGGUUCAAUCCCGGAGGAAAUCGGCGACCUCGGUUCACUCACCGGCACACUGAACCUCUCGUUCAACCACCUCUCCGGCGGUGUUCCGAAGUCUCUCGGGAAAUUGCCGGCCACCGUGAGCUUUGACCUGAGAAACAACAACCUUAGCGGCGAGAUUCCCCAAACGGGGUCGUUUUCAAACCAGGGCCCAACCGCAUUCCUUGGCAACCCUAACCUGUGCGGGUUUCCUUUAAGAAAACCCUGCUCUGGUUCGGACCGGGGCUCGGUGGGCCCCAGCUCAUCUUCGCGUGAGCCGGUUCACCGGGACAAAGGGCUGAGCCCCGGUUUGAUUAUUUUGAUCUCAGUGGCUGAUGCUGCUGGGGUUGCUCUUGUUGGGCUUGUGGUUGUGUAUGUUUAUUGGAAAAAUAAAGAUGAUUCCAAUGGGUGCAGCUGCACUGGGAAGAGAAAGUUCGGUGUGAAUGGUGAUGAUGAUAACGAGAAAGCGAAUGCGUGUGCAUUCCCGUGUAUUGGCGGUUCGAAGAAUGAUGAAGAUGAUGAUGAGAUUGAAGUAGGGGAAGGGAAAGGGGAAGGAGAAUUGGUGACAAUUGAUAAAGGUUUCAGCUUUGAACUUGAUGAGCUUUUGAGGGCUUCAGCUUAUGUGUUAGGGAAGAGUGGGUUGGGGAUUGUGUACAAGGUGGUGUUGGCAAAUGGGGUGCCUGUGGCUGUGAGGAGGCUUGGGGAGGGUGGAGAACAGAGGUACAAGGAGUUCGCGGCGGAGGUGCAGGCCAUUGGGAAGGUGAAGCACCCUAACAUUGUGAGGUUGAGAGCUUACUAUUGGGCCCAUGAUGAGAAGCUUCUCAUCAGUGAUUUCAUCUCCAAUGGCAACUUGACCAAUGCGCUUCGAGGUAGAAAUGGCCAACCAUCUCCAAAUCUUUCAUGGUCCACCAGGCUGAAAAUCGCGAAAGGAACGGCCAGGGGCUUGGCUUAUCUCCAUGAAUGCAGUCCAAGAAAGUUUGUCCAUGGCGACAUCAAACCCUCCAACAUCCUUCUCGAGGCCGACUUUCACCCAUACAUUUCUGAUUUCGGCCUUAACCGGCUGAUCAGCAUCACUGGCAACAACCCCUCGACCGGCGGCUUCAUGGGAGGAGCACUUCCUUACAUGAACAAGUACUCAUCACAGAAGGAGAGAACCGACAACAAUUACAAGGCCCCCGAGGCUCGUGUCCCCGGCUGCAGACCCACCCAGAAAUGGGACGUGUAUUCAUUCGGAGUCGUGUUGCUUGAACUGCUAACUGGGAAAUCACCAGAAUCAUCAUCUCCAACCACAUCAUCAACUUCUGUGGAAGUUCAUGACUUGGUAAGGUGGGUGAGAAGUGGGUUUGAUCAAGAAAGCCCGUUAUCUGAGAUGGUUGAUCCUUCUCUGCUACAAGAAGUGCGUGUUAAGAAAGAGGUUCUUGCUGUGUUUCAUGUAGCUCUUGCUUGCACUGAGGGAGAUCCUGAGGUCAGGCCUAGAAUGAAAACUGUCUCUGAAAAUCUUGAAAGGAUUGGAAAUUGAUAUUAUGCUAGCCUCAGACUGGAAUUACUCUGAUACAGAGGAAAAAUCCACUUCAAUCUCACAAUGGAUUGGUCUGAGAAGAUUUUAUAGAUGUGGGGCUGCAAAUCCUUUCCAUUUAGCCCCUUCACUUUUGUUUAGAAAGCAAGCAAUUUUUGGAGAGAUGUAAUUAUCACGUUCUUACUUCAUUCCAUCCUCAUAUUAUUCUUUUGGAGAAAAUAUAAGU